ACCUCGGGCUACAUUAGCUACCUUUGAGUUGUCAAAACUCUCUUUCCCAUACACCCAUGCGUGCCAAUAAAAAACGUCAACGAGCCAGUGAACAUUAAGCGGAGCAGACCAAAAUCCCAAACAAGGAAAUGGUGGGGGAAUAAAACGAUCAGAUUAUUUAAUUAAUGCAUGUAAUAAUUAAUAUUUUAUUUUAUUGUAAAUUAAGAUAUAUUUAUGGGUUAAAAUGGAUUACGACUUCAAAACAAAGCUCGCGGCCGAUCGAGAGAAGGUGGAAGAUCUGUUCGAAUAUGAAGGUUGCAAAGUGGGUCGAGGCACCUACGGGCACGUUUAUAAAGCUAAACGCAAAGACGGGAACGACGAGAAGGAGUAUGCACUGAAACAAAUUGAAGGCACUGGAAUAUCGAUGUCUGCUUGCAGGGAGAUAGCGCUCCUGAGAGAGCUGAAGCACCCCAAUGUGAUUGCCCUGCAGAAGGUUUUCCUGUCCCACAGCGAUCGCAAAGUGUGGCUCCUCUUCGACUACGCCGAGCACGACCUGUGGCACAUCAUAAAGUUCCACCGUGCCUCGAAGGCAAACAAGAAGCCUAUGCAGUUGCCCCGAGGGAUGGUGAAGUCCCUCCUUUAUCAGAUCCUGGAUGGCAUUCAUUACCUUCAUGCCAACUGGGUGCUCCACCGAGACCUGAAACCUGCUAAUAUCCUGGUUAUGGGAGAAGGACCAGAGAGAGGUCGGGUCAAAAUUGCGGACAUGGGCUUUGCUAGGCUCUUCAACUCUCCACUCAAACCACUGGCUGACCUCGACCCAGUUGUGGUGACAUUCUGGUACCGGGCUCCAGAACUGCUCUUGGGAGCAAGACAUUACACCAAAGCAAUUGACAUAUGGGCGAUCGGUUGCAUCUUCGCCGAGCUGCUGACGUCAGAGCCCAUCUUCCACUGCCGCCAGGAGGACAUCAAAACCAGCAACCCCUUCCACCACGACCAGCUGGACAGGAUAUUCAGCGUCAUGGGCUUCCCAGCAGAUAAAGACUGGGAGGAUAUACGGAAGAUGCCAGAAUACCCAACCCUACAGAAAGACUUCAGGAGAACAACGUAUGCAAAUAGCAGCCUCAUCAAGUACAUGGAGAAGCAUAAAGUGAAACCAGACAGCAAAGUUUUUUUGUUGCUUCAGAAACUCCUGACGAUGGACCCCACCAAAAGAAUCACCUCUGAACAGGCACUGCAGGACCCCUACUUCCAAGAGGACCCUCUACCCACCACGGAUGUGUUCGCUGGAUGUCAGAUACCCUACCCCAAGAGAGAGUUUCUCAAUGAAGACGAACCAGAGGAGAAGACUGAGAAGAACCAGACGCAACAGCACCAGCAGACGGCGGUGCAGACGCAACAGCAGACGACUGCGCAGCAGGCCCCCUCCCAGCAGAGCUCUGCGCAGACCAACGGCACGGCGGGGGCCACGGGCGCCAACGCUGGCGGGGGCAUCCAGCACGGCCAGGACCAGGGCCCCCCCAACAAGAAACCUCGCCUCGGGCCCUCAGGGGCCUCCUCAGGCACUGGAGUCUUGCAGUCCGAAUACCAGCACUCCAGCUCCCGCCUUGGUUACCAAAGCAACGUCCAAGGUUCCACCCAGUCCCAGAGCACCAUGGGAUACUCCGCAUCAUCUCAGCAGAGCUCACAGUAUUCUCACCAGUCUCAUCGCUACUGAGGGAAUGGAUGGACCCAGGCUGACCCUUUGACCUUUAACCCCCGACACCAACUGACCACUCGGGCACCACUGUCACUCAAGCCACCACUUCACGUCACACAACUUCACCCACACUGCACGUUUAGAUUUCAGCCUCUGAGAACCCUUCGUGCUCACUUCGACUCCACUAUUUAUUAACAGUGUAUCACUGUUCUACCGUGACGCGCUCACAUUCACUCAAGCAUAUUGUCACUCAGGUCCUCCUGUAGUUCACUCAUAAUCUUAUGAAGUUGCUUAAGUAAUUGGUGGAGGCAUAGUGGCCUGUUUCUCAUUAUAUCCUAGUACUGAUGGAGCACCUCUAUUAGUGUGUGUGUGUUGUGGUCUAACAGGCCCUUGCAACCAGAAAGCCUAAGCACACAUGCUAUCAAACACUCUCAGCAAGAUUCUUGCUUCCUCAUCUGAAAUCUAAGCACUCCAGCCUUUCCCCGUCCCUCCAGCAGUCAGUCUCCACUCUCCUGCAGUGGAUCCAGCCUAGCUGACCUGCUGAGUCCAUCACACACUGACACACACUCUCUGUCUCCGUCACACACUGACACACACUCUCUGUCUCCGUCACACACUGACACA